UUUCAAAUACGCGAAAUCUCUUUAUUUGAAAACAACUGACAGAGCUUUAAAAAUGAACAAUUUCGAUUAUGAAAUUGUAGCAAAAAAUGUCUUGUUAUGGCCAAAAUCAUCAGAGCUGUUGGCGACCAUAUGGGCCUAUUUUACCCUAUGGUUUAUAUUUGUAGGUAAACUAUCUUUCUUUGCAUCGUCCUGUUUCUAGUUGUCACUGAAAUCCGAGAGAGAGAGAGAGAGAGAGAGAGAGAGAGAGAGAGAGAGAGAGAGAUUAGACAAAACCCAUCACUUCUCAAUUGAAUGCUAGGCUAAAACCUCCGUGUUCUCGUACUUCUAUCUACACUUUGAUUCCUUAUCCGGAUUCAAGUCUCGCUAUCUCGUUCAUUUCGAAUUUUCCAGGAAUUCGCGCGAAAAGCGCAAUCCUUUUUCGCAUACCAACUGUUCGAUAAAAUGCUUCUUAGAACAGUACCAUAGACACUAGACCUACUUCAUACCUAUCUCCCACCGCAGUUUCACAGUCCUCAACUCCUCAAUCAGUUAAAAGACUCCUUCAUUCUUUGAAUCGGAAUCCAAAUGACAUUAGUUUUCUCAAGAAGAUGCACCACAAUCCCACCAGUGGUGAAUUCUUGUUCUCUUUCAAGAAUCCUUUGUUUUUCUUCUACUACAUCAACCUUUCUAGAUAAUGAAAAGAAUGAAGCAACCCAAUUAUCUUCAGGUAAAGAAAAGGGAGUUGCUUCUGGAAAAGAAAGGAAUGGGGUCAAUCUUUCAUCGUUCUUUUCGCAUGGUAGAGCCCAUUUGGAGGGUUGCCGAAUUGAACUUGUAGACGAUGAUUCGUGGCGGGUUUCCUCGGGUUUAGCCGAGGCAUGGAGAGGAACAAAUGUGGCAUUGAAAAGGAAGGGUUUGGUUAAGGAAGCAGUUGAUGAGGUGGUUAAGUAUGAUCUGGAUUUUGAUGAUGUUGAGGAUAUGAGGAUUAGGGGAAAUCUUUUCUACAAGAUUGAUAGGGAUUCCAAGGAGUUUGAAGAAUAUAGUUUCGACUUCCAUCGUAGGAAAUCGUCGAAGAAUAAGAAUGAACGGAAAGAGAGUGAAAAGAAGAUAGGCUCACAUAGUAAGUUGGCUUCUGGAGUUGACAAAUCAUUGAAUAAUAGAGAAGAGAGAAAACAAAUCAGAAAGAGGGAAAACCAGAUUGCUAACUUGGCUUCUGGAGCUGAAAAGUCCUUAAUGAAUAGAGAAGAGAGAAAUGAGUUCAAGAAGAGGGAAAACCCAAGUUCUAACUUGGCUUCUGGAAGUGGAGGACUAUCUCAACUUGUUACAAAUGAAGCUCUUAAUAGUACGAUUCAAGAAAUGGAAAAUGUUUGUGUUGGGAAGAAGGUGAGGACUCUCACCUUCAAUCAGAUCACAGCUCCUUACCAUGAACCGUUUUGCUUAGACAUUUACGUGUCGAAAGGAUCGGUUCGUGCCUGCAUUAUUCACCGGGGGACUAGCAAGGUUGUUGCUGUGGCCCAUUCGAUAUCCAAGGACAUGAAAUUUGACCUUGCAUCGAAAAAGGAUGCGACAACUUGCGCUGCAGUGGGAGAAGUUUUGGCUCAAAGAGCCUUGGCUGAUGAUAUUCAUAAUGCGGUUUACACGCCAAGGAAAGGGGAGAAAUUGGAGGGGAAGAUUCAGAUUGUACUGCAGUCUAUAAUUGAUAAUGGGGUUAGUGUGAAGGUUAAGAUCAAGCAGAGAAAACUAAGGAAAACUGGUCACUUACCUAAUUCUUAGGAAUCAUGUUUCACCGGUUUCUUGGAAAAAGUUGGUUUCAAGUAGAAGAGGAGGAAACAACAUCAAAUGGCCAACUUCAAUGGGAGUUUUUAGCUGGGAAGUGGAUUUCUAGAAAAUAAAGGAAAGCCUAUGCAGUUUGCAUUUUCGCCAACAAGACUGGAGAAAGAAGGGGAAAUACUCAUCAACAAGAAACAUUCCAAUUUGUUGUCCAUUUUCAUGCACCCAAGAAGAAAAAUGGUUUAUGUUCAGAAAUCUGUUUAUUGGUUUGGGUUUGCCCAUUUGUGGUUGUUUCAGUGAAGUAUGUGCCAAAGGACUACUUUGUUGGGUGUUUUUUGUGGUUGCCUGUUCUAUCAUACAUGUAGUUGCGUAUUUUUGAAGUAUGGAUAAAUGAACUGAAAUCUUUUUCUA